AUGCCUGCCGCCUCCAUGCUUCGCGUUGCCGCUCGCGGCUCAACCACCUUCUUUCGCGCCGCCGCUCGUCCCGCCGCCCAGCCCCUAAUGGUCCGCGCCUUCAGCACUUCAAUGCCCCGACGAGGCGAGCACGCCGAGGAGACCUUUGAGGAGUUCACUGCCAGAUUCGAGAAGGAGUUUGACGGCGUCCAGGAUGUUUUUGAGCUCCAGCGCAACCUGAACAACGCCUUUGCCUACGAUCUCGUCCCCUCCACCUCCGUCAUUGCCGCCGCCCUCAAGGCCGCCCGGAGGGUCAACGACUUUGCUACUGCUGUCCGCAUCUUUGAGGGCGUCAAGGCCAAGGUCGAAAAUAAGGGCCAGUACGACCAAUAUCUCAACGAGCUGAAGAGCCUCCGGGAAGAGCUCGGCGUUCCCCUGAAGGAGGACCUGUAUCCCGAGGGGAAAUAA